AUGGUUUAUGGUUGGUGUAUUGUUACUACAGUCAACCCAAACAGAAUAGCUGAUGGCAGAUAUUUGGCAACAUUAGGAGAUGUUAUUGUUGUUGCAAUCAAUUAUCGGCUAGAUAUAUUGGGCUUUUUUCACUACAGACCAAGAGGCUUAAAAGGCAACUAUGGCCUUUUUGACCAGCUGGAAGCCUUAAAGUGGGUGAAUCGAAACAUUGCAGCAUUAGGAGGUGAUCCAAAUCGGGUUACAAUAUUUGGUAACUCUGCUGGGGGUAUUAGUGUGUCUUUUCUCUGUUUGUCACCAUUGUCCCGCAACCUUUUUAAAUACGCGAUCAUGCAGUCCGGGGUAGGAAAUUCACCAAUGGCCCAUGAACUCUAUGUAGACAAUCUUAAACUGUUGAAGUGA